GCGGAGCAGAAAACGCAAUGUGAGAUAUGUCACUUUAUAAUAACAAUAGUUGAUGAUUUUUCUAACUCAAUGAAAUCUACGCAGUAUUCAACGUAUAUUGUUAACCCAACUUUGAAGUUUUUCAAUCAGAAGUGUAUUUCGUUACAUAAAAGUUUGAGUUUUCCAUUAAGUAUACUUUGUUGAGUGAAAAAGCGUAUAAGAUACAAGUUUCAACAGACAACCAGAGUUGUUUUGCAAUAUUAUACAGAGAUAUACAAAUGUUACCAGGCUUCGAAAUUUUAGAAGGAAGCUGUCAGUACGACGAUUUGUUUCAAUCAUGGAGAAGCGAAUUAGAUAUGUCUAUGACAACAGAAGAAGAAGAAAAAAUUAUAAUCCCAGAUUAUAAGUUUGAAAAUAAAACAGAUAAGGAUGUAUUGGACUUAAAUUUUAAAGAAUUUGAUUUCAAUUUUCUACAAAACAGUCCAGAAGUAGAAGAAACAAAUGAGAUAAAAAAUGAUAUUAAAUUUGAACCUGAAAGUCCAGAUGCACAAUUUUCACUAUCACCCAGCCUAAAUCACUCAGACUCUAAUGAUUCAGAUAAACAAGCGACAAGAUAUUUGAUGCAAGAAGUAUCAAAUUGUUCAACACAAAAUGUGAACACAGAGGUUUCUUUAGAAGCACCACUAAUUUCUUGUGUAAAAUAUACAUCUUCAUCAGAAUCAUCUCAAUCACCUCUAAAUAUAUCAAAUGAAAUACCAGUUGAACUUACAUCUGUUAACGAGGAAGAUGCAAAACAUGCACAAUUUAUUUAUACAAAAAGAGAUUUUACAAAACAUCUUAAUAUACAAUCUUUGCCAGUAGAUGUUGCACAACAUGUAAAAAAUGGUAAAUCUCAGGAUACUUUUAUCCUUCAAGAUUUUACACAGAAUGCAAAUUCACAAUAUAUAUUGUGUCCUUCAGAACUUCAGAUGUUAUCAACAAAGAGACAUGUUAAAGUACAAAAUUCAUUGAAUAUAAAUCCAACUAAUAUAAGAACAAAGACUCCAGCGCUUCAUUUACCACAAAAUGGAACUAACACUGUAUCAAAUAUUUGUCCAGCAAGUGCUACUGACUCAGUAGAAAAUUUGAUAAAUUGCACACAAUUUCAAAUAAUGCAGGAUGAAACAUUUUCAUUAAUUGCAAAGAAUCAAGAUUUAAAUUCAACGAGAGACGACCAAAAAUUAAAGGCACUAAAAAGACAACAAAGAAUGAUAAGAAAUAGGGAGUCUGCUAGUCUCUCAAGGAAAAAGAAAAAAGAAUAUGUAUCUGCUUUAGAGAAACGAGUGGACGACUUGAUGGAAGAAAAUAUACAAUUACAAUCAGAAAACAAGAUUUUAAAGCAAAGAUUAAUGGAAAUGGAAGACAGUAUUAUAGAUAAUAAUAAAUUUAAACAUAAACAUUUAAGUUUACCUACAUUAAGUAUUAAACCUUUCUUAAGGAAGAAAGGACAGAGGAACCUCGUUCUCUUUUUAGGAAUGAUUUUCAUAAUAUCUUUCAAUGUUAAUGGUCUUAAGGGAACACUUUUAAGCGUCAAAAGUGAUUCUGACAGUUUACCAAUAGCUAUUCCCGAUACGGAAAUCAGACAUGGCAGAAGAUUAUUCUGGACAGUGAAUGAAAAUGAUAACAAUAUGGAGAAUCAAAUUGAAAAAGAUUUUAAUAAAAGUGUACCGACACAUCAAUUAAUGUGUCCAAUGUAUAUUAAUCAGAGCGAAUUGAUACGUUUAGAUAAUGAAUUGAGACGUUGGAUUGGUGGUGAAUCCGAUCGAGAUAAUCGAACUGCAAAAGAAACGAAAUUAAAAACAAAUUCAUUAAACGCACUCUUGUCAUCAAAAUCACAAUUAGAAGAAAAAACAAAAAGAAAACCGUACUUAUCGCGAGAUAGAAAAAUAAAAACUGUACACAAAAUGAUUGAUAUAUCUGAUCGAUAUUCUAAUAAUAAUGCGAUUGAGAUCUUCUCUCCGAUAUUGAGCAAACACGCUUCUCUAUUUGAAGCUUUGGGAAGAAAAGAUGAUACAUUUUACGUCGUCUGGUUUAGUGGCGAACAUUUACUAUUGCCAGCUUCUCGAAAAAAUGAUACAGCGAGACCUAAAAUGUCUUUAGUUCUACCUGCUGUAUCUAUGGUAGAUGGUACGUUUUCAACGCCAUCUAAUCAUAUAACAAUGAUGCAAAUUGAUUGUGAAGUGACAAAUACACAAGUAUUACAUUUACAACAAUCCAUCAUACCUGUUCACUUGCGAAAUAAGUCUACAAGUCAAUCAAAUCGAUCUCACUCGGUUGAGGACAUGGUUUAUCAAUCUAAUAUCACCAGAAAUUACAAACCAUACUUUAUGAAAGAAGCAAAUCAAAAAUUUCGAAACAGAAAACACUUGGUUUAAUAUAAUUAUAGAUGAAUAUUAUAUAGUAGUGCAAUUAUAUAGAAU